AUGGUAGAUCCUUUGGAUGGCUCUACAACUGUUGAUUGUGCACCUGCACCAGUUUCAGGUGAAAAGGAACAUAAACUUAGAUCUGAUGUUUGGGAAUAUUUUGAUCUCAUUAAAUAUAAAGAUGGAUCAAAGAAGGGAGUGUGUAAGGCUUGUAAAGUGGGAUAUAAAUAUGAUAGCCAGAAAGGUGGAACCUCAUCUAUGAAAAGGCAUAAGUGCCGUGAGCGUCAUUCUCAGGACAUAGGGCAAAUGAUUUUAUCUGCAAAGAAUGGCCAGUUGUCUUCCCGCGUACACAAAAUUGAUCAGAUAAAGUUUCGAGAUCUUAUUUCAGAAUUACUCAUUGCAAGAAAUGUCCCAUUGGCUUUGGUGGAGUGGAAAGAAUUUAGGGACAUAUGUGCUUAUCUAAAUGAGGAUGCUAAACCAAUAGCAAGGAAUACUGGGAAAGCCGAUAUUGUCAAAAAACAUAAUGCACGAAAAGAAGUUAUUCGAAACAUAUUGAAACUUGCUCCAGGUAGGAUGUGUCUAACAUCAGACAUGUGGACCUAUGUUACGACUACAGGGUAUAUAAGAUUAACUGUCCACUUUCUUGAUCAAAAUUGGGAAUUAAAGAAGUAUCUACUGAAUUUUUGUGAACUUCCACCACCUCAUACAGCUCUUAUUGUAAAAGAUGGAAUUGUGAAGAUUGAUCCAGUUGUGCUUAAGUUAAGAAAGUCAGUGAAGUCGCUUAAAAAGUCCCAAGUAAGAAAACAAAAAUUCUUGGACAUUGUUGAUACUUUAGGAAUGUCUGCAGUAAGAAGGGGUAUUCGUCAAGAUGUUAAGACAAGAUGGAAUUCAACUUAUCUUAUGUUAGACAGUUGUCUUGUGUAUAGAAGUGUUUUCGCUCACUUGAAGGAGGUGGAUUCAGACUAUAAAGACUGCCCAACUGACGAAGAAUGGGAUCAAAUUGAAGUGGUCACAAAGUUUCUCAAGACAUUUUAUGAUCUCACAACUUUGUUUUCUGUUAGUAAGUAUCCUACCUCCAAUCUAUAUUUUGAAGGAGUUUGUCAAGUUCAGGUGUUAUUAAAAAAACAAAGAACAAAUGAAAUUGUAUUCAUUAGGGACAUGGUGAAAGAGAUGCAACAAAAGUUUAACAAUUAUUGGGAGAACUUAAGUCCUAUAUUGGCUAUGGCACUUGUGUUAGAUCCUAGAUUGAAACUGAAGUAUCUAAACUUUGCUUACUCCAAGUUGUAUCCUGAUGUAAGACAAUUAGAAAGUAAAGUUGCUGAUGUGCGUGAAGAUAUGAAAAAACUUUAUAAUGAGUAUUACACCUUGUCAAGAGCUUCUGGUAGUGGAAAUCAGAAUUUUGGUAUUCAAACUGGUGCGAAUUCUUCCCAUCAAGGAAGUGAGUGGAUCCAGGAAUAUGCUGCAGCACAGGAAAGUGGUGGUGAUCUGCAAUCUGACUUGUCAGAGUUGGAUCAAUAUCUUAGUGAGAAAUAUGGAUUUGUUAAUCAACCGCUCGAUAUCCUAAUGUACUGGAAAGCCCAGGAACAACGAUUUCCAGUACUUUCAAGAAUGGCAGGGGAUAUUUUGUCAAUUCUUAUUUCAACCUUCGGAAUCUGCAUUCAACAUUGGUGGAAGGGAAAAGAAGAUAUGGAUGAAGACAAUGGGAUUAUUGUAGAAGAUGUAUUAGGAUUUGAACUUGGUGCAGUAGAGGAUAGGGAAGAGGAGGAUGGGGAAGCGACUAUGUCUCUGAUGAUUUCGUUGGUAGCACUCUCCAAUGAAGAGGACCAUUCAGAAGCAAACUUGCUGAUUCAAGAUACCCAUAAGAAAGGAUCAUUGUCUAUGAGAGCUUAUAUAGAUUGUGCUCGUGAUAUUUUUGACAGACUUGAUGCUUCUCAUACUACUGUCACCAAUAAUGAAUUACGUCAUUGUAUUCUAGCUGGGUUGGAUUCAUCUUACGACUCCAUAGUUACGUCUCUUACUACCUCCAUGGGGACUAUAAAGCUUGAAGACUUCAUUAACCAUCUUCUUACCUUUGAGUUGCGUAUGGAAUAA